GGGGGGCAGUGCUGGAUUGCUUUGGGCAGUGUAUUUCUGCGAAGAUAUACCAUUGCUAAAUCGUUCAUGCAAGCAUAUUGGUUUGGCUUAUCUGUUAAUGAACACUAUCACUAUGUGUUGUCUCGCAAAAAGAAAAGGAAAAUAAACACUAUGUGCUAAAUUCCCUGAACUGUGACAUGUUGAAUGAGAAGGAAACAAGUUGAUCUCUGUUUCCUAUGUCAUAAUGCUGCAUCCUUUGUUGUUAUUCCCCUGUAUAUUUUGAACUAUACUUUUGUAGCUUGCAGCAGUACAAAUAGUCUAGACUGUGAUACUGAUAGUUUGCGAAUUAAUAUGAAAUGCAAGCUUUCUGAAAUGUGACAUUGAUUUUUUGGCUUGCCAUUUGCUCAGAAUGAUCUUAUACUCCUGUGUCAACAUUGCUAAGCUUGCAGCUCUCAGUAAGGCAGUGGCACAAAGCGAUAUGUCUUGGAGUAUUCGGUCUUUUAAUUCUUAAAGAUGUGGUUAAUUUCUUCCUUAUCCGGAUUAGGAAAUGUCAUAGUCCCACUUGUCGUGUUCACUUGCUGUGGAUUGGGAAGGUAGGAACCUGAAUGUUGUUUUCAACAUUUGCUGACACCUGGACAAAGAACUUCAGUGAGCUAAGAACUUCAGGUAAAACUUUUCAUGACUAAUGACUAAGAUCUAGGAACUAUGGCAUAUGCUAAGAAGAUGUAAAAAAUGUAAUUUCUUAAGAAUGUUGGAUCUCUGAAAGUCUGAAUGCCUUCUUAUAGUGGGAAAGGAAACGCUCUUGAGAUCGCAGUACUAGUCAUUGCUAUAUUUAGGCAAUGGCUAUCUACCGCAAACGAUUCUAAAUUUUCCGAUGAGCAAGGCCAGCCCUCUCAGGAGAAGCUGCCCCCCAAAACUCCCGGCCAUGCCGAAGCCAAAGGGGAAGGCGAAGAGGCCCGUGCCGCCGCUGCCGCGGGGGUGGGCAGGUGCUCGCUGGCGACCCGUCGCGGUGGGCGGCGGGCUUGGGCUGGCCGCCGCGGCGUACGUGGGCGUGGACUACCUGCGGCACCUGUCCCCCGCAUGGCAUGGGCGGCUGCGGCCGGCGCUCUGGGCGGCGCUGGCGCUCGCCACCGCCGCGCGCGCGCCUUUCUACCGCCGAUGGGACGCGGAGCUCCGUGCCGCCCCGCGGUUCCUCGCCGCCUUGGUGUUCAUGCUCGCGGCAUUACUCUGCGAGGCCAUCUCCGUGCGCUUCAUCAACACCGUGCUCGGCCUCCAAUGGCACCGAUCUACUGCUCCUCUUCCUGACACUGGCCAGUGGAUCCUUCUAGCUUUGAAUGAGAAGCUUCCUCAAACUGUGGUUGAUCUACUGAGAGCUCGCAUCAUCGCUCUUCAUCAUUACUUGAUGUUGUUUAUCAUGUUGGGUUUUUCGGCAUUGUUUGACUGCAUCAAAGGUCCAGGACUCGGUAUAGGCUCAAGGUAUAUGUUCACCAUGGCAGUUGGGCGUUUGCUCCGGACCAUGACAUUUCUUGCUACGAUUCUUCCGUCUGCGCGACCUUGGUGUGCUGAAGCUCGAUAUCAAAUACCUGACUAUCCCCAUCCUUGGGCACAGAAAUAUUACGUUCCUUAUGCUUCUGAUAGGAUGAUGAUCUGGAGGGUCAUGAAACAGGACAUGCCAUACGCUACUCUUCAAGAUUACCCUGAUGAGUAUAAUCCUGAUUGGGGAUUGAUGAGCUUCUUAGUAGACAUUUUGAGACCAAGCACUGGAGAGGGGCCUUCAUGGUAUCAUUUGCUGAAGAAAUCAAGUGGUGGUUGCAGUGAUCUUCUGUAUAGUGGACAUAUGCUUGUUGCUGUCCUAACUGCUAUGGCAUGGACGGAAGCAUAUGGGGGAUGGAGCUCUAUUGUGAUAUGGUUCCUCGUCGUCCAUAGUGCUCAGAGGGAGAUACGGGAGCGCCAUCAUUACAGCGUUGACUGCAUUGUAGCAAUCUACGUUGGAAUACUCUUGUGGAGGAUGACUGGAUUCCUCUGGUCUGCAAGGGAGACCAAUCGAUCCAGAAGGAUUGCCAAGCUUGAUGAGGUUCAGAACAGACUAUUCCGCGCUGCAAAGGAUUCAGACAUCCUUGAAGUAAGGAGCCUGCUAGGUGAAGUUGAGUUGGCUGGUCAAGAAAAGAAGUGCUUUUCACAGUGCAUCAUCUUCUCCUUCGCCACAGCUAUGAUUGUUUUUACCCUAUUGUUUGUUCUCCUGGCAUUCACAUUAACCAAUGAUGGAUGAUUUCUCGAUGUCCCACCAGUUUUGGUAUUCCCCGAUCCUUUUAGGAGGAGCUUAAUUUAGUCAGCUUAGUGAGUUGAAAGUUAUGGAUUUUUCAGUUGAAAAAAGGCGAUAGGCUGUUUAGGGCAGUGUGGGAGGAGGGUACAUAGUGGUGCCAAGGGGCCGAGGGGGGCGGCAAUAAAUGUGAAGGAUUUUUCUACCUACAAAUAAUCUGAGUAUCACUUCUUUUGACAGGGGCA